ACUCUCUCCUCUUCCCUCAUAUUAAUCAUCUUCAACCUUCUCUCCAACAUCCUAUAUACUCUUUUUUUUUUCCACUAAAUUAUAAACUACUGUUACAUCUCUGGCUCUCCUAAAGCUAUAGCAGCUUCUUUCCUUAUAAACCAAAAAAAAAAAACAAAGGAGCUGAUAAAUCUUUGAGACGUUCGUGAUGGAACUCAUCCCCAAUCUUCCCGACGACGUUGCCCGCGAGUGUCUCUUACGCGCAUCCUACAAACAGUUCCCUACCAUCGCUUCCGUUUGCAGAGGCUGGAACCGUGAAGUCUCUCUCUCUCACUUCUUACUCCAGCGAAAAGCUUCACGCCAUAGCCAAGACCUUCUUAUCCUCUCUCAGGCUCGUCACCACAAAGACUCCUCCAAGAUUCACCCUUCCCCUGAAUACCGGCUCGCUGUUCUCGAUUCCGGCUCCGGUCUUUGGACGGAGCUUCCUCCGAUCCCGGCUCUAUCCACCGGACUUCCUCUCUUCUGCAGCCUCGUCUCUGUCCGCUCGGAUCUUAUUGUCCUGGGUGGGCUUGACCCGGUCACGUGGCAGGCCUCUGAUUCCGUCUUCGUCUUCAGUUUCCUCACCUCCAAGUGGCGCCUGGGGUCUACCAUGCCAGGUGUGCGAAGAUCCUUCUUCGCGUGCGCUUCCGAUUCCGAUAGGACGGUGUUCGUUGCGGGUGGACACGACGAAGAGAAAUGUGCGCUGACGUCAGCACUAGUCUACGACGUGGCGGAAGACAAGUGGGCCUUCUUGCCGGAUAUGGCGCGGGAACGGGACGAGUGCAAAGCGUUAUUCCACGCUGGCAGAUUCCACGUCAUCGGUGGAUAUGCCACGGAGGAACAGGGGAACUUCAGUAAAACCGCUGAAUCCUUCGACGUGUCUACGUGGCAGUGGGGUCCACUCACGGAGGAGUUCCUCGACGGUAGCCCGCCGGUAUGCGCAGCCGGUGAGAACGGAGAUUUGUACGCGUGCUGUCGUGGCGACGUGAUGGUGUCGAUGAACGACACGUGGCAGAAGGUGGGUCAGGUCCCUGCUGAUGUGCACAAUGUGACUUACGUGGCGGUUAGGCCGGGGAGGCUUAUUGUGAUCGGCAACGGCAAGGCUCUGGCUACCGUGGGGUAUAUAUGUGAUUUAAGUAGCUCUCGGUGGGUAAAAUUGGAAACACAUGUUGGUCACGUUCAAGCUGGCUGCUUCUUGCAAGUCUAACUAAUUGGGAACACAAAAGCUUCCAAUCUUUGUGGAGUUUUGACCUAAAUCCCAACAAAAAUCUAUCGAUUUUCUCGUGUGCUUAUGUACAAUAAAUCUUUUCGUGAUAAUAAUGAAAAAGAAGAAGGAAGACGUUUAGUUGUGAUAUCCGUUCAAAUACGUGUAUUACUCAUUUUAGAGUGUCGACGUUAAUUAAUGAUUUUUGUAUCUA